CCUGAUGGCGCCCCUACAAGUAGAUGCCCCAAGGACCCCACUGUGCAGACCGGUGACCGGGGGCCCCGGGAGGCACAAUGCAGGGUCCCAGCACUGUUCAGGGGGAAAACCCAGGUCUGAACCCAGCUCUGUGGCCCCAAAGCCGCGGCACCGGCUGCACCAGGCCUCGCGGGGACGGGUCUGGGCUGUGUUGGUGUCACUGUAGGGACAGGGCAUGGGGUGGAGGGGAGCCCUUUGCAGCCUGGGAGGGGCUCUUGUAGGAGCAGGAAGCCGGGUAAGGGGACCCCAGGAAGUGACCUCACCUCCCUGGUCACAGAGCCCAACAGAACUCUGAACCCAGGUCACCAGGCACCCACGUUCUGGAGACAGCGCCCGACUGGGCUCAUUCGUUGGGACACCUUCGCCUGACGAACAUGUUCUCCUGUUGUGUGCCCGUGUCCCGCGGCUGCAGGCUCAGGGGAGCCCGCGGCGGCGACGCUUCCCGACCCUGCAGACAGUGGGUCAGGUCGUGCACAGGACGCCUCAGGUCUCUAGCUCGCAGGGACCCAAAGAAAUCAACCGAUGAAAUCGGGAAACGAUUGGCGGAAUCCCGAUUCACCUGCCCUACAGAGUUGCGCGUGUGCCCCGUCGCCCAGGAGGGCCACGCUGGACCCGUGGAGAGAGUGGCUGCAGUGAGGUUUUGGGAAGCAGGGCCUGGAGUUGGCCUGGGAAGGCCUCCUCCAGCGCCCCGGCCCCGCCGUAAGGUCUUCGUUCACCGGUCCUGGGACCAGUACUUGGAGUCCCCGGAGUCAGAGCCCGAGGGUGAGAAGGCUGGGGGUAGGCGAUGGGGGUGCACGGGGCCCGGGUGGUGCGGGGCCACCCUGGGAGGAGCCCCCGGGGGCUGGUGUGGGGCCAGGAGCGGACUGAGAGCCCCGGGCUGCGGACUGCAGGGCGCAGAGGUCCUCGUGUGGGCUCCUGGCCGCGGCUUCUCGGGGAGGCUCCGGGGUGAGUUGUGUCUCUGCAAAGGCCCCUGGAGAGGCCGGCGCUCGGUGGGUGGGGGACCUUCCCUCCUCUCACCCUGAGGCCUUGGAGCCGCUGCAACCAUCACUCUGUUUUCUU